CCACCGUUGAGACAGGAGCCCCGCCAUCAUGGUCCCACAGGUGUUAGUUUUGUUGGCCGCCGCGGCUGUGGCGCACGCCGGCUACCUGUCAGCGCCUGCCCUCGCCACGACCUACGCUGCCCCCUCGAUCGCCGCCGCCCCGCUGGCAUUCGCCGCCCCCGCCAUUCGCGCGGCGCCAGUGGUCAUCGCCGCUGCCGCCCCCGCCGUGGUCGCUGCGGAGUACGACCCGCACCCAGAGUACAGCUUCAGCUACAGCGUGAACGACGCCACCACUGGAGACUCCAAGGCCCAGCACGAGGCCCGCAGUGGUGACGUCGUCCAGGGCAGCUACAGCCUGGCCGAACCAGACGGCUCCAUCCGCACCGUCGACUACUCCGCCGAUCCCGUCAACGGCUUCAACGCCGUGGUGCACAAGGAAGCCGGCGCCCACCCUGCUGUCGCUGCUGCCGCCCCCGCCGUCGUAGCCGCCCCCUCGCUGGCCUACGGUGCCGGCCUGGGGUACGGCUACGCCAGGGCUGCCUACGCCGCCCCCGCCAUCGCCGCCGCCCCUGUAGCUGCACCCGCACUGGCGUACAGCGGCUACGGGUACGGCCGUCUGGCAUACGGCAAAGCCCUUCUGGGAUGA